AUAUAAAUAAUUGCAUUCCUAUCAUCUACACCCCCCUCUCAAUCUCUCUCUCUCCCCACCCUACUAAAGUCAGCGCCUUCUUUUGUCCUUUCUCUCUCUCUCUGGGGUAUUCUCGAGCAGCGGCAGCGGCAGGGAGACCAAUCUACAGGUUGCAGAGCUUGUCGAUCGAGGAAGCUAGGGAAUCCGAGAGAUGGACGACGAUUGGGAUUUGCAUGCGGUGGUGAGGGGCUGCUCCGCCAAUAACGCGGCUGCGACGACUGCGAGCGCGGCCGUUGUGGCGGCGGAUCUCCGCCCUAGGGCUUGGUUCCCGGCUUUCGGAGCGGAACAAGAUAGCCGGUUCGUCUCGUUUCCGGACCCCUUUGAAGCAAGAUUGAACGCCGUUGAAGAAUUGCAAGAACUCUGCAAGCCCUUCUUCACCAAAUCUCAGCCGCCUCUGUCCCCGCAGAACAUCUCCUUCUCGCCCCCUCCACUCAUUAGUCUCGGAGCUUUGAAAGAUCAAACACCACCGCUGGCACCGCCUCCGCCACCACCACCGCCGCAAUUGCAAAAGCAGCGGCCCAAGCAGUUCAAUGUUGCCCCCGGAACUACUGCUAUUUCCACAUCUGCUGCUUCAACUACCCAUUCAUCUCAUCAGAGCAGUAAUCGCCCAAAAAGAAGGAAGAACCAACUAAAGAAGGUUUGCCAUAUCCCAGCUGAAGGUUUGUCCUCAGACGUGUGGGCAUGGCGAAAAUACGGGCAAAAACCCAUCAAAGGGUCUCCAUAUCCGAGGGGCUAUUACAGAUGUAGCAGCUCAAAGGGGUGCUUAGCCCGGAAACAAGUGGAGCGGAACAAAUCCGACCCGGGAAUGUUCAUAGUCACAUACACCGCGGAGCACAACCACCCAGUCCCCACCCACCGGAACUCUCUCGCCGGCAGCACCCGCCAGAAGCCCCUUACGCCCCAAACGGCGACCGCUGGCUCCGGCUCUGGCUCCGGAGAUGGAGACCCCGCCAAGGCCGCUGCGAGCAAACCCUCUUGCUCUUCCCCUGGGAGCCUAUCUAACACGACGUCGCCAUUGACGGUGAAGACUGACGCCAGAGUUGUAGAAGAAGAUUUGGGGGAAGACGAGGAGGACGAGGAGUUGGGUCUCUCGGAUAUGGUGAUGGACGAUGAUUUCUUCACGGGUUUGGAAGAACUCGCUAGCCCCGCCACCGGAGAUUGCUUUCCUGAUCACUUUGCCUCUAACUUUCCCCUUCCGUGGUUAGCCAGCAGCGCCGCAACUGCCGCCAGUGGUAGCUGACUCGCCGGAAACUGACAGCUGACAUGGAUUUAUGCUUUUUUGUUUUCCCUAAUCAAUACACCAUCUUUUUCUCGCAUAGAAACAGAGUUUAGACGAAUUGUUAGAAUCUCCACCAAAACAGCCCAAUUUGUGUCAUUGCCGCCGCAGGCGGAGCCACCGCGACCGCCACAACCGCCGUGACCGAGUCUUAAAAAGAGAAAUCCCCCUGUUUCUGGAAGUAAAGUAAUAAAAGUAGGUUUGUUAGUAAUCAAUCAUGGCAAUCAUGGUCCUUUUGUUUGCCUUUUAUGUUGUUUAAUUAUUAUGAUGAUAUAUGUAGUUUGAGCCUCAUUAAUUUCACAUUGAUUUUUGAUAUUUAA